GUGGCAGCGGCAGCGGCGGAGGCUGCGGCUGCAGAGGCCACUGAGGCGCCGACUGGUUGGCCGGCGACCCUCUCUGCCCUUGUGCAGCCUCUUCACACCGACCCUCACUCCCCGGGCAGCGGGGACCUCAGUGCUCACCUUGCCAGUGAGCUGCGGUGGGCACACCCUGGAGCGGCAGUGACAGCGGACAGGUUAGAGUGGGGGCAGGGGAGGGCGCGGGAGCAGCCCAGGGCCACAGAAGGAGCCCAAGCCAGACAGUCUGCAGCCAUGUCCGACGAGGCGUCGGCCACCACUUCCUACGAGAAGUUCCUAACCCCGGAGGAGCCCUUCCCGCUCCUGGGACCCCCUCGCGGGGUGGGCACCUGCCCCAGCGAGGAGCCGGGCUGCCUGGACAUCAGCGACUUUGGCUGCCAGCUGUCCUCCUGCCAUCGCACCGACCCGCUCCACCGCUUCCAUACCAACAGGUGGAACCUGACUUCAUGUGGGACAAGUGUUGCCAGCUCAGAAUGCAGUGAAGAACUGUUUUCAUCAGUUUCUGUUGGAGAUCAAGAUGAUUGCUAUUCCCUGUUAGAUGAUCAAGAGUUCACUUCUUUUGAUUUGUUUCCUGAGGGGAGUGUCUGCAGUGAUGUGUCUUCUUCUAUUAGUACUUAUUGGGAUUGGUCAGAUAGCGAAUUUGAAUGGCAGUUACCAGGGAGUGACAUUGCCAGUGGAAGUGAUGUACUUUCAGAUGUCAUACCCAGUAUUCCAAGUUCACCUUGCCUGCUUCCUAAAAAGAAAAACAAGCACCGGAAUUUGGAUGAACUUCCUUGGAGUGCAAUGACAAAUGAUGAACAGGUGGAAUAUAUUGAGUAUCUCAGCCGUAAAGUCAGUACUGAGAUGGGCCUUCGGGAGCAACUUGAUAUUAUUAAAAUCAUUGAUCCUUCUGCUCAAAUCUCCCCUACAGACAGUGAGUUUAUCAUUGAACUUAACUGUCUCACAGAUGAAAAACUGAAGCAGGUCAGAAACUAUAUCAAGGAGCAUAGCCCUCGCCAGCGGCCUGCAAGAGAGGCCUGGAAGAGAAGCAACUUUAGUUGUGCAAGCACUAGUGGAGUGAGCGGUGCCAGUGCCAGCGCCAGCAGCAGCAGUGCCAGCAUGGUCAGUUCUGCAAGCAGCAGUGGGUCCAGUGUUGGAAACUCUGCUUCAAACUCCAGUGCCAACAUGAGUCGAGCACACAGUGACAGCAACCUGUCUGCAAGUGCAGCAGAGCGGAUUCGGGAUUCAAAAAAACGAUCUAAGCAGCGGAAGUUACAGCAGAAGGCCUUCCGCAAGAGGCAGCUGAAGGAGCAGAGGCAGGCCCGGAAGGAGAGGCUCAGUGGGCUCUUCCUUAAUGAAGAAGUGUUGUCCUUGAAAGUGACUGAGGAAGACCAUGAAGCAGAUGUUGAUGUUUUGAUGUAAUAAGGAUGAAUUUAUCAGCAUUCUUUCUAAGCAUUAUUCUGUCCUUAUUGGUUUACAUGCAUCUUGACCAAAAUUUUGGUUAGGGCUGUGCUGAUAUACCAUUAGUAACUUAGGCCAGUGAUUCUCAGAGGGUGGUCCCAGGACCUGCUUUAGCAUCACCUGAGGAAUUGUUAAGAUUGCUUAAUAUUGAGUCCCACUCCAGACCCAGUGAGUCAAAAACCUCGGAGAGUAGUCCGGCAUUGUGUUUCAACCAGUGCUAGGGCUACUCUGAUGCACAUUCUAAUUUAAGAACCACUGGUUUAAGCAAAUGUUUUGACUAUUUAAACUUUAUGGUAGUUAUGUGGGUUUUUUCCAAGUCUAGUACUUUUUAGGAUAUUUUACUUCACGGUACUGCUGAAAAGUAGUUUGUUAUGUACAUGUGUAUAGAUCAUAAUUCAGUCCCCCUCCCCUUUUUGUGGUGCUUGGGAUGGAACCCAGGGCCUCACGCAUGCCAGGCAAGUGCUCUACCACUGAGCCAUAUCCCUAGCCCCUCAGUUCCCUUCUUAAUGUUAAGAUUUCUUAGUUUACUUUUUCUAAAGGGCCAUAGCAUAAUUCUCAAUUUCUUGUGGGAAUCUUUCUUGAGGUGGGAGUGGGGUAGGGUAGGGGUGUGUGUAAAGUGUGGAUUGCUGUUUACUAUAGUGCCUUCAUUAGAUUUAGUUCUAUUUGUUUUCAUUCAUUGUUAACUCAAAGGUGUAAACAGGCCCUAAUCUUUUUCCAGUUAGAUUUUUUGUUUUGUUUUUCCCUUUACAUAAAAUUUAAAUCUUUCUGCAAAUGAUAACUACUGAGGAUAUAUUGUUAGUAGUAGCCGAAUUUUAGACUCAAUGCUAUGUUGAUUCGUAUGCAAAUAGAGAAAGCAAUUAAGCAAAGCAACUGAUUCUGUUUUCCCAUUGCUUUCUGAAAUUUUGGGCUGCAAAAUUGUUUCAAAGAUAGAAAAUCUCUCUCCUCUCACUCUCUUUCCCCAUCUCAUUCUCUGUUUCUCAAGUUCUUUUUGUAGAUUAUUGUUCAUCCAGCACAGCUCUAAUUUUUAAAUAUUUGUUAUAAAAGCUUCAGGCAUGUGAACAGGUUAAUGUUCAAAAUUAACUGAUGACAGGCUUUAGAGUUCUGCUAAACUUCUCUAUAAAUUGCUGUAAGUAUAUAGAUCAGUGAGUUACAGAAAACACCUAGCUUGUUGGUUAUUAAUAGAACUCUAAAUUUAAAUGUGAAAUCAUGGAGAUUCUUUAAAUGUUUUCACAGAGAAUUUAUUGUGAAUUUAGAAAUAGAGUGAUUCCUUCUCUUCUAACACAUGUCUUUGAAUGUGCACAUGGGUUAAAGAAGAUGGAAAUUAAUACUACUGACAAUCAAGCUGCUUUUCAACUUUCAUAAUUUUCUUUUUAUAGUGAAUAACAUUUAGGAGGUAAUCCUGAUUCUGUAGGAAGAAUCAUAACCAAUAUUUUUUUAAACUCCAGAGUCCAGAGGUUAAUAGAAUUUCUACUUCUUUUUAACAUUAGCUCAUUUAAAAAGAUCAAAUUAAAUUCUUAAUUCUCAGUUGUUACAAGGCUUAAACUUUGCUGUAAUCACUUAUUUUGAAAUUUUGAUUUAUUUUGAUUCCUUGUAAGUUAAAGAAUUGAAACUGAGGAAAAAAUUAAUCCAUCGCAGUUUUUCAAGGUCUGUAAUUUAGUAGUAGUGACCUUUUGAAGACCACAGCUAAAGUCAGAAUGUAAAAUUUACUACAAUAAAAGCAUAUGUGUGUCUUUCUGACUUUCCUCUUACUCCCUCUUUGGUGCCCCUACCCAGCUUAGAGGACUCAGAGAGCUGGAGAAAGACCCCAGACUACUUGGAAGAAGAAGGAAAGGGUCAACCUCAUUAUUUUCCCUUCCAAAUAUAGGAAGAGUAAAGGGAGAGAAGAGCAAAUACAUCUGAAUUCUCUACCUGCUCUUACCAAAAACAAAAUCCCACAGAAAUAUUGCCUGCUCUUUACCUAUUGUUUAAGGAAAAGAGACCACAUUGGGAGACUGUAGAGCAGCAUUUAGCUGCCACAUACUUGGAAACUAUUUACUUUAUGUGGUAACCUGUAAAAGAAAAUCCCAGUGGUCACUAAAAGAAAUUCCUGAACAGGGUCAUGAUGUAGUUUUAAGACCAAUUCCUCUAUUCUACCAACAAUCACAUAGUUUUAUUAACUUAGAUUUAACUUAAGUCACUAUUAAACAAAUUUACCAAAGUGCCACAAAGCGAAUUUUUAAAGUUUGUAAAGUUUUGAUUGUUUGUAGAAUGUGUCAUAAAAUUUUGUGUAAAUCUGGAUGCACUAUCUUUACAGUACUAUAAAUUAGAGCCAACCCAUAAAGUUGAUUUGGAAGAGAAUGAAAAUAUUUCUUUCAGUUAAAAGAAAAAAAAGUAAAUAACUUGAACUUGCCUGUAAUCUAAGAGGAAGAUUGCCGGGUCUUUCUCUAUCCCUCUAAAAAAGAAGCCAGCACAAAAAGAUAUGCUUUUUAUCUGUUUUAAUGCCGCAUGUGGCUAAUUAACGUUUGAAUGAUCUCUUUCUUGGAAUAAGUAAAUAUUUAUUCAAUCUGUUAUCUCUCUGAGUUCAAUUUAAAAGAAAUACAACUCAGUAUUUAUCCUUCUUAAAUAUAAACCCUUAUUAACCAAUUAGUACAAAUGCAAGACUUGUUUGUCCCAGUGUUGGUUCUCAUUUGUACAGAACUGACAUUGCUGCAAAUAAUUCUCCUCUUUAAAAAUAAAGCUUGCUAACAGAAUACAUGAUAAAGUUCACACAGACUUUCCAGAGACUUUUGAUUAGAGAUCUUGUAAUGGUAUUUCAGUCCCUACUGCAACUUUUAAAAGUGUGAAGCUUGAGUUAAAUAAAACGGCAUGUAUUUUUCUACAGUUUUGCAACCAAUUAAAGAAAGACAGUGUGCUAUAAUGUGUAGUGGGGUGUAAAGGGCUAAUUCAUUCUUUCUCAACAAAAACUUAAAGUAAUACUUCUUUUUCAUGAGACUUGUCUCAUAUUUUGUUGAAUGGUGACAGUUUAGUUCAGUUUCUCUGACCAUUGGGUAAAACUGCAGAAUUAAUCCCAGAAACUGAUUUAAUAAAAUUAUAUCUCUUUAUAGAUUGGGUAGAGGUCUCAUUUUAUUUAGCUUUUGAAAAUGCUAAAUCCCCAGAAAACUAAAAUUACAAGAAAUUAUUAUAUAAAGUUAUCCAGAUUCUGAUGAGCUUUAAAAAUUGUAAAAAUUUGUCAAAUAUCUUCAUAUUUAAGCCAAAAAUGUUAGUAUAUAAACAAUAUAGAAGUCUUGUUUGUUUUGGGUUCUUCUGUAGACUUUUUGUUCAUGGCUUAGUCUUUUAGCCUCAUGUGCCUUAAAACGUGGUGAACUCUGUACUUUUUGUCACUAUCAGGCUUCUUCAAACUCCAAAAAUUAUCAUGUGAUAAUUCAUUUUAUAUAAUGCCCAUGGUAUUUGGAUAUCAGUAAGUAAAACCUUUGAGUUGAACCAAUAUAUAGUGAUAGAGUGUAAAACAAAACAAAAUCCUUCAGAUCGUAAAUUUCAUUUGUGUAACUUGAUUUUCUACCCAGUUGGAUCAUUGAAAACUUUAAAGGUUAUCUGAGGUAUGACUUAAUGUAUUCUGUUUUUUUUCCCCUGAGAAAAGUCAUAGGCCAGGAUACUUUUUUAAACCAGAUAACUUGCAGUUAUCUGGAAAGAAAAUAUUCAAGAUAUAGGAAAACAUUUCAAGAGCCAGUAGUAUAUAGCAAGCUGAUUCUCUUUUUAACUUUAGGAAUUCUUUGAAUUCAUUUGUGUCAUAGUUGGAAUACUGCCCUGCCUUUCAUCUCUGUGACCAAAAUACCUGACAAAAACAUCUUAAAGGAGGAAAAGUUUAAUUUGGGCCCACAGUUACAGAAACUCAGUCCAUAGACAGCUGGCUACAUCACUGAGCCUGAGGUGAGGCAGAACAUCAUGGCAGAAGGACAUGGUGAAGGAAAACUGCUCAACUCAUGAUAGCUGGAAAGCAGAAGUGGAGCCAGGGACAAAAUAUAAUUCCCUAAGGGCAUGCUCUUCAGUGAUCUACUUCCUCCAGCCAUGCCAGUUACCACCCAGUAAUCCAUUCAAAUUAUCAAACCAUCAAAAUGAUUAAUCCACUGAUGAGGUUAUAGCUCUCAAACUAAUCUUAUUUUACCUCUUAAUGUUUCUUCAUUGUCUAUCACAUGAGCUUAUUGGGGAAUAACUCAUAUCCAAACAACACAAUACUUUAACAAAUUAACCUUUUUAGCACUUCUAUCUUAUUUGGCAUUGAUGGGGGAAUACUUCUGUCCAUUCUUAUUUUGGAACAGUUGAUAGUAAAAUUCCUAGUUACAUUAAAUAAUUAUGUUGACAUUGAGUACAAUGAUAUUCAACAUGUCUAAAUUACAACUAAAUUUAAUCAUGAAAAGGACUAUUAGGAAAUAGAUUUGUAUACAUAUGUAUUGUGGAAACUUCAGAUUAGUUUUAAGUCUGAUAAAUUUUUUCUUAAAACUGAAAUUAGGUUAAGUGGGUAAGUACAAUCAGAGAUACUUUGAGCUAAGCACCUCUAAGCAUAGUAUCUGGAACAUACUCCUUAGAAUAUUUAAGUCUUAAUGUUACCAGCCAUGUUCUGGGGUCAUGUUGUGUUUCUUGGCUCUUGUGUUCUUGCAGGAGAAAAGAGAGGGGGGGUCUCAACUUUUGGACUGAUAGUAGGAUUGCAUCAGAUUUUAAGUCCCUACUUCACAGGAUCUUACCCUCAGGUACCUUUACUAUUGUAAUGAAAUUAAAAUCAUAUGCUAAAGGUCUGAAGGCAACUCUGGUCACUUUGGUCCACCUAACCAGUUCUAUUGGAACUUGAUUUUUAAAAAAAUUUAAACAGACUUCAGGGUGGAUGGGCUUUGCUUUUAAUUAUCCUAUCUUCCUCAUUCAUGGAAAUUUUGGUGUGUAUAGGGUUACAAAGGCUCCACUUCAGGGUAAUUUGUGUUCUUUUAGGCAGGGAGAAGUCUUAAUUUGCUCAUUCCUGAGAAUAACUACAGAUAAUAGGUUGUAACACAUCCUAUUGCCUUAAGCCAGGGUAGGGCCUGAGUGGCCUUAGGUAAAUUGCUUUUUAAAAGAAAGCAUGUGGGUAGGCCAACACAGAAUGCCCAGUCUAUAGAAUUAUCCCCUUAGCUUAAUGUUCCUACUGCUCAUGUCUAUCUGCUACCUGUCAUUAUUUCUUUGGAAAGUAAAUAACUUAUUCCAAAAGGCUUAGAAAGAACUCUGAGAAUUCUUGUAAUUGGGUAUUAAGAGUAAGGAAUUUGCAUGGUAUAGUCGAAGAUCUGCAUUGACUCACUAAAAAUUGUAUUCUCAUUUUUAAAAUAUUAAAAUUAUUUUCAGCUCCUCUUCCAAUUAUUUUUAAUUAAUGUUAUUAAUGUCUUAACCUAGAUCAAAUAAUGGUAAAUUACAUUUUAAUUUGACAUUCAUGAGGAACUCAGAAAAACUGGAUUGGUCUGGUUUGGUCUUUGCUGAAUUUGUAGUACUUCUUUGUUGUCAAGUUUAUUCUGUUACAUUUUUGUGGUCAAUGGAACCUGUGGAAAUCUGUGUUCUUUUUUGUGGUGAGGGAUGGAGGUGAAAAAAGAUUGAAUUGCUUAAUUACGCAUAUACAUUUUGACUAUGUAAAGGUAGUUGUACAAGUAAUAUGUAUAAAUGACAAGUUAAUACUUAAUCUUCUGGAUUGUUCUAAGGAACAGUGGCCUGAAGCCAUGACUUGUUUUGUGGAGCUACUUGCUCUUACAGUAGGCAACCUAUUGUAAAAUGAAACUUUGGAGUUAGUUUAUCUAGCUGAGGCUUUUAAAAAUGGAGCAGAUAAUCUCUGUUCCUGUAGUGAAUUCAUUUAAUUUCCUAUUUGAUAUUUCCUAAUUUAGAUAGAAAUAUUAGACAUUCUAAAUCUUUGUGUUGGGAAUUAAUAGAAUUCUUGUCAAAAGAUAUUAACAAUCAACACUAUGUAAGACAUUUCACAAAUGGUUAAGUAUUUCAGAUUGUUUGAGGGGUUUUUUUGGUGUUUGUUUUUAGUUUCAAAGAUCAGUUAUGUAGCAUCAAUAUAACCAAAGCAAGUAGGAAGUUGACUGGUUUGGAGAAUCUUCAAGUAGUCUUAAAUACUGUAAUGUAUCAGUUGUUAACCAGGAUUUAUUUUUUCUGUAUUCCUGCUAAAUGUAUUAAUGCACUUUUGUAUAUAUAACUGUCUUCUGUACAUUCUGUACUUACUACAGUGUAUAUAAAGCCUGUUUUUCCUGAAGCUGUGUGAAAAAAUAACAAUAGUUCUAACAAGUCAUUUCUAUUUUGAGUUCCUUCUUGUACUUGAAAGUAAUUCAGUAGUUAAGUCUAAAUGAGUAUGUGUGGUUGUAAUUAAAACUGGCUAUGUGGCAGAGCUGUCCUUUGAACUGAAUAUCAGAAUGAAAAAUGUUUCAGUUAUUAAGAACUCUUGUAAUAAUAUCAUUUUAUUGUUUCUUUUGAUGUCUGAGUUUUUACAAACCCCACUGCUGGUUACCACUUUAUACUUCUGAAUCAGUUCCUUUCAUGUUCAAUCCUAGAACACUGACCAGCGGAAAAAAAUUGCUGUCUUUCCUUUAGCUCUCUGGUUAGAGCCCAUUUUCCCAAAUGUCGUUGGCAAAAUAUAUUUUUUUCUGAAGAUAUUAGAUUUCAAGAGAGAAAUCAGCAUUGAUAAUAAGUGAAAAUUAGGCCUUAUUUUGUUGACAAAAAUCAUCCAUUUUCCUUAUAUGUCACUCUAAAUCUUUUUAAGUUGUGAUUUUAUAAAAGAAAUCCCUGUGAACAGUUUUAUGUAUACAAACAGGAGCAGUUCAGCUUUUCAGCAGCAACUUUAUCUCUUGCCACUAGAGGGAGUUCUAUGAUUGCUCUCUCCUUUGGAAAACGUCCUAGCUGCUUUUCCUUUGUUUUUAAUUUCGGAGGUUGGCAUAGACCUUAUUCUCAAAAUUCCUUUUGUGGUAUUAAGUACUUUCAUUUAUUAGUCAAAGGUAAGUUAAUUAAGCUUGUUUAAUGAAGCCAGUCUUAUUCAUGCUUUUCUGUAUUUUUCAAUUUUUAAUAAAUGUGAGUUAGGUAUUAAGUGAAA